AUGGAAAUCGCCAUCAUCGGCGCGGGAAUUGGAGGUUGCGCCGCAUACCUCUCCUUGAAAAAGCGCCUCCCAAAGCCUCCGUCUCCUGCCCAAGACCAUCAGUUUAUCAUCUACGAAGCCUACGAAACACCCAGAGACUUUGACUCCCCUCAUCCGCAGGAAGAAACCCACUCCGCUUCCUUAGUCGUGGGGGGGGGGGGGUCCCUUGGCGUGGGUCCCACUGGACUCAAGGUCCUCGAGCGUCUCGACGAGGAGCUCUUCCACGAUGUCGUGCGGGCUGGGUACCCCUAUUGUACCAUGAAGUUUAUGAACUCAUAUGGCUGCACAUUAAUGCGGAUGUCCACGCGUGGCGGGUCUGAUCCGGAGAUAAACUCUGUUUCCAUGAGCAGAUAUGCGAUCUGGAGGACUCUACGGCGUCGCAUUCCAGAUGGCAUAAUUGUGACUAAACGCGUUUCGGAGGUUAUAGCAAAUGCAACUGGGAGGAAUCUCAUCAAGUUUGAGGAUGGAAGUGCGGAUGUCGAGGUAGACCUUGUAAUUGGCGUGGAUGGCCUGAAGAGCGCAACGAAGAGAGCCCUCUUUCCUGGUGCGGGGGAAGAUUCGUACCCCGCUUGUUAUGAAGGCCUGGUCGGUAUAGGCGGUUUCGUACCCCUGGCCGACGUCCACGAACACGUCGAAGCAGGGGCAAUGACCAUUACGUUUGGCAGAAAUGGGUUCUUUGGCUAUGCGCCCGCAGACACCAGUCCCGAGGAACCCAACCGACACAUCCCACAGGGGAAAAUGCCACCAGGCGAAACCAUCCUGUGGUGGUCUACAUAUGCGAUUGACGAAUGUCCCAACCCCAAAACUAUCGACAGUGAAGCCGUCCGGAAAGAUCUACAGAAGCGGCAUGGCAACUUGCAGAGCCCUGUGAUCAAGAAGAUUAUCGAUAACGUUCGGGUUGAAACGAUGUACCCCCGCGACGGCGUCGUGCUGAUCGGGGACGCCGCACAUACCUUACCCCCGACAUCGGGACAGGGGACAUCGCAGGCACUGGAGGAUGUCGAGUGUUUCUCUAUGUUCUUGGCGCACUAUUUGGGACAGAUAUAUCAUGGCGAGUCUCCAGUAUCCGGGGAUGCGACGGAAGCCGACGCCAUUUCGCGCGCCUCGGAGAAAUAUAUGGAAAUGCGCCAGCCACGGGUCAAAGACAUACUGUCGAAGGCGAAGCGGAUGGAAAGCAAAAAAAGGGAUCUGAGCAUCGUUGAAGAAUGGAUGUUGUAUCUGAUGCUUUUCAUCUUUGGUCAUUUUCCAACCAUCCCCUGGGUGAAAAAUGCAUAUGCCUACAACGUUGCAGAGGAAGUGAACAGAGUCAUUGAGACUGAGAAGAAGCGAAAACUUUCAGAAAAAGAUAAGUAG